GUUCAAUAGUUCAGUGACAGUGACUGUUCGACUGUGAGGGAUGUUGCCUUUAGCCUCACUCUUUUUUUAUCAGUGAAUGACGCUUUAUGUAGCCAGUCAUGCAUAUUUCUUAUAGCUGAACCCUCUAGUCUUCAGAUCGGCGAGAUCCUGAUAAUUACGUGAAAAUACAUUUUGUGUGAACUUUCCGGUUUCAGCUGGGUUCGGAUCAGGAGAAUGGCGUGACAAGAAGGAAAAAGUUCGUAAGCUCAGGUUUUUGAGGAAGGAUUUUAUCCCAGUAAUAAGGUUGGUAACCAUGUAUUUCUAUUAACAAAACUAUUCAAACGCCCACUUCCAUAGUUUGCUCUCUUUGUAUGUAGGAGUAGCCGCCCGAAUUUUGGUUGUGGAAACUCACUUUGUGUGUUGAUAAAAAUAAGCUUAAUUAAGCUUGAUAACAAUAAAUAAUAAAUGAGUUAGUAUAAUUCUUUUACUUGUUGCCCAUAGAUUAUUGUUGUCACAAUCGACCUAUGCCAGUGGGCUGGGGGCAAUCUAAUAUCCCCCCUACAUUGAUGAGGUGUUUUGGCAGUACCCUCUUCAGAAAAUUUUCCCUGGGGUAACCCCCUUCAGAAAUUAACAUUUCUUCUUAGAAGCCCUGAACAAAAGUAUCAUUUCUGUUCCCUACCCCCCAGAAAAUAUGGCAAUGUUAUUUGUCCCAAUCAGAAAAAAAAAGUACACUCAGAGCACUGACUCUUCAUCAGAAGAAUCAGUAUUGACACCAUCCCUGUAAUUAUGAAUGACGUAACACUUCCCUUAUUCCUUCAGAAAUUUAUUUGUGGUAUUUUCAGCCUUCAGAAAUUGGUAUUUUUUUUAUAACAAUCCUCUUCAGAAAAAUCUCUCUCCAUAAGUGUUGACCCACUCAGAAAAUCUCAUCAGUAGGGCAAAGCUCAAAAAAAGUUGCGUCCAGUAGUCAGGAUGAAUAAGGUUUCUCACUGAGUAAGUAACUAGUCUUUAAAGCUCACUUACCCAAUGGGCAAGGAUCCAGUCAAGUCAUAGUCUCCUUCGCAGGGGUUUUUAGGCUCGUCACACAGCAGCGUUGUCUGAUGAGCGUAAAAAUGGCUGUGAAGAAGACUAGUCAAGUCACCCUCCAUCUAAAGACAUAGACCUGGUUGCCAUGGUCGAUCUGUCUGCAGGUACCAACAUUAUCAUGGGUGGGCAAGGUGAGAUGGAUCAUCAUAGACCUAAGCAGCAGUAGUAGUAGUGUGCACCUUUAUGUGCAGAGGUCUGAUCUCACCUCUCUGAAUCCCUUGCACUUCAAGACUGGCUUCGUGGGUUUGGGGGUGAGGGAAUUGCACCACAUUCUUCUUCUAGAUUUCUUCUAGUUUUCCAAUCUUACGAUCACUUUUACAGGACUGGUGUACAAUGUACCUUCAAAGUAUUGCUGUCUUAAUGGUCUUGUUCCACGUUCCUGUUAAGUGCUCAAAAGGAGACAGGAGUUUCCCUUUUCGUAACUGUGUAAAGAGCUGCAAACGACGUGGAUGCCACCUUAAUGAAUAUCCUGGCAAGCUGCCGCUGUAUCUGAGGAUAUUUUGGUGGGAUUGUCUUGAUGAAUGCAAGUACCAGUGCAUGCAUAAUGUAACAGCAACAGAUGUAAAAUUCAAUUAUCCAAUCAAACAGUUUUAUGGCAAGGUAAUUUCCGAUUUUGAAUCAUUCUGAAAUUUGCAUUUAAAUACUAGUGAUGCUAUUUAUAUUGCACAAAUUUCAUGUGAUCAGUAAUAAGAAAUAAUGCUCUGAAAACCUGGAGCAAUUACUUUUAUCAAUGAGUGGUUACUGUUCUACUACAUGUAUACCUGUAUUGAUAAAACAUUAGCAAUAGCCAAUUAUCCUCCAUGUUAAAUUUAUUUUUGAUUUUACUUGGAACCAUGUAGUACUAUUAACAAUAAAAUAAAUAAUGAAAUAAUGAAUAAUAAAAAUAUGAACAAAAUAAUAAUAAUGAACUAAUAUGAAAUUAGCAGUAGCACAUCCAAAUAGUGGCUCUUUGUCUACCAUUCCUUAUUGAGAUGUUGGUUUUUGAGGAGGAAGAAAACUGGAGUAUAUGUACAGUGUAGUCUUGGAGUGGAGAAAAACCUCUUGGUCGAGCAAGGGUGAGAGAACCACCAACAAACUCUACCCACAUUUGGUGUUGAAGCCAGGAUUUAAACCUGGGGCACAUUGGUGGGAGCUAGGCGAGUGCUUUCACCACUGCCCCAUGUCCUUGCUCCCCCAUAAUAAUAUUUUGACAAAGUUUUAUGUUGUAAUGUAUUGAAAAUUAAUGUAUUCAUUUUCUUGAUUGAUUUAUAGUGGCCAUUUGUGAGAUUUCUUGGCAUACAAGAACCUGCCUCAGUUUUAUUUUCAAUUUUCAAUGGGGUUGGGCACAUUUUUGGCUGGAGGAUGCUCAGAUCUGCUGUUCCAAACACAGACUACAGCAUGUUUCUAGUUUGGAAAAUGAAUCUAGUGGUAAGGCUCAAAUUUCAGUGAAUUAUAUUUAAUUUACCUCUCAUGGUAGUUAAAUGGCUACAUGCCUAUUUUAAAAACAAUACUGGAGUAUAAUUUUUUGGAUUAACUUCAUGGCUGAUUUUUAUUUUUGAUUCAAGUGUUUAACAUAAUCAUAACUUUACUGUCAAACUCAGAAAACUAUCCAGAAUUUUUUUCGUUGUGUCCGCAGUUUCCAAAGUUUCACAGUAAACCAUAAUUACUUUAAUUGCAGGUUAGUUUAAAUGCUUGGUUCUGGUCAGCAGUUUUUCAUACUCGUGAUUUAAACUGGACUGAGGUAAAUAAUAUUAUAUUGUAGUAUUACCUACUACUUAUAAGGUAUUUGCCUUAAUUACUCACGAGUAAAAAAAAAUAUAUUGUUAUUUUUUUUUUUAUCCUGAUGAUUUACAAUAUAUACUACCACCUUUCCGUAAUAAACAGACUGGUUUGUUUUGCCUUGUAUUCUGAGUAGUUUUUUGCCUGGUCUAUUUUAAUUCUGUUCUCUUUGUAAACAUUUUUUAAGUUGGCAAAUAAAAUAGUUGGUUGUUGUUGUUUCUGCACAACCCAGUGUCUUAGUCAAUGCAUUUACUUCAACUUUAUAGUUCCACAGUGGUCAGCUAACGAAAACACUGAAGUUACUUGGAUUGAUGAUGAUGAUUGACGAUGUUGGGGGAAGGGGAUGGGGGUCAUAUGUAUACUUGUGUGUAUGCAGUUUAAAACCAAACAUAUUCCUGUUGCUGGAAACAAAAAUAUGAAAACUGUGCUCUAAUUACAUCGUAUUAUUACAUUUGAACCCUUCAUACUUUUCUCUCGUGGGGUGAUUUUCACGCGCGCUCGCGUUUCGCUUGCUCUAACAUGCCUGAGGAAAAAUGGGGGACUACUCGUAGUCUAUACUAAUGGCCACCUCCACACAACGGCCACUUUUGUGCACCCCAGCAGAUACUUUCUUUGCUGUUUUAAAAUCUCCCCCACAGCCACUUCGUUUCUUCCUAAAGUGUGUCUGUUGUAAGGAACUUUAACUGUACCGAUAUUUAUUUUAUUAUUUUUUUAAAGAAAAUGGAUUACUUCUGUGCCACAUCCCUGGUAAUGUACUCAUUCUUUGCUUGUUUAAUGAGGUAUGUGCUUGACUCAAACAGCUAUACAGUGUAUACCAUUUGGUUCCCCAGCUAAGGAAAUCCGGGAAACUUUUGCUUGUGGAAUCCGUAAUCCGGAAUCCACAGCGUGGAAUCCAGAAUCCAAGGCUGUCAGUGUCUAUACAUUCCUUUACAUGAGGCGAUAUUUGGCACUCUUCAUCAGUCAUUAUGAACAAUUCUCUCUAAGUCCCUCACGUAAUGGGGAGAUUUACUGAUUUGUGACUUUAACUUUUACAUCUCUGGACAAAAUCGUAAUUUGUUACCAUUCAGAUAUACAUUAUCCUCAUUUAAUUUUGUACUCUAUUAUGGAUGGAUUUUUGUUUAGCCUUUGUGUUAUUCUAUUUAAAAAAGUGUUUUCAUCACAGGGAGAAAUACCCUGUAUGGUGUAGCCAGAUUACUAAUUUUUAAAGACUUUAUUAUAAUCUGCAUUGAUUGUCUCCGGUAACAAACCCAGUACUUAGACUUGUGACUAGUAAAUUAUAAUAUCGAAAACGGUGUUUUUGUUUUAUUUUUGCUUAAAAGGUUUAUUGGGCUCAAGAAUAAAGUCCGGUAGGUGUUAUCAAUGACAACAUAAUUAAUAUUGUUGGCUCAUUGUUAUUAAUUAUAUUUAUAUUACAGUCGACUCCCAAUAAUUUGAACAUUCAAGGGAAAUAAAAAGAAGUACCAGUUAUUGGGAGUUCGAGUUAUCGAGGGUAAAAUUUUCUGGAAAAUGAUCUGAAGGGAAUUGAAAAUUACUUCGAUUUAAGUGAGGUUCGAGUUAAAGAGGGUUCGAGUUGCCAAGAGUCGACUGUACCAGUAAACAUGCAGUCAACGUCUCUAAUACUUAAUCUCAUGCUAGUGCCUUAUUUAAGUUCGAUUUGGAGGCUGCUCUUUUAAGACGUUUUUUAUUGGUCUUUUUAGAGACCCUUAAAUUCGAGGACGAGAACUAGAUUUGACUAAUAGUUUUUUCUCGUGUAUUUUCAAAAACUAGACACCCUGGAAAGCUUCAUUUUGCUAUUUUUCACCAGAAAAGUUAACACGGUUGAUAACUUCUUUCCGACACUACCUGACGACAUGUUUUCCCGCCAAAAUGACGCGGGUCGCACGUGCACCGUACUUAGUAUUUAGAAAAUGUCGGAAAUCUUGUCCUUGUCGACGUCGUCUUAGAAUCUUAUAAACAAAUCGAAAAGCAGGGUUCUAUCCAGGAUUUAUCGUUUUGGGGAGAAGUCUAGGGUGGCCGAAGGCCACGAGCUUCCUAGGGGGGUCUGCGGGCUCUUUUUUUUUAGGCAAAAGCCCUGUGGACGAGGCUGUCCAGGGUUAUGUCCCCCGGAAUUUUUUUGAAAUGAAUAUAUGCUGGAAUGCAGUUUGGUGCAUUUUGAGACACAAUUUUGAGAAAUGUUAGUGUCUGCACUGACCUCGUCGCGUCUGGAUGAUAUUUCCGAUAUAGUUACAUAUACUGUAAUGAUAACAAUAUAUAUAUAUAUAUAUAUUUUUUUUUGGGGGGGGGGCGGAAACUGGGCAUUUUUUUUUUGGGGGAAGCUUCUAGCCCUCAAAUACCCUAGGUAGAACCCUGACAAGAAUUUUCCAUGGUCUGUACUCUUAUCGACCAUUGAAAUGAUAUUAAAAUCUUCAAAACUCAAGUGGAACCACUAAUUGCAAGCGAGUGGUUUCACUGCAAAGUUUUCAUUGAACAUUUUGACAUAGUUUCUAUGGUCGAUAAGAGUAAAGACCAUGAAAACAUGGAUAGUUUGAAGCGUCCAUUUCUGUUGGAGUUUCUUGGAAAAUCGAGAAAGAGAAAAACAAGUUGCGCCACCAUCACUUCGUUUCUGUGGUCUGACUCGGAAGGGGGAGGGGGAAGGGGCUGGUCUGACUAUCAUCGAUCAUAACUGUCAACCAAUCAGCGCACGACAACUCGCUCAGUUAUUGUUAAAAGUUUUUUUUGUAAUUUCAAAAGGUCUAAAAACUCAACUUCGGAUCAUGUUCAAUGUUUGUUGUUGUUAUUCCUUGCAGCUGUUUUUGUGUUGGACUAUUCCUAUUGUGUGUUUACUGUGGUCAUGUAUUCUACCUCAGCAUUAUUCGAUUUGACUAUGGAUACAACAUGAAAUUUAAUGUGACAAUAGGUGAGAUCUACUGAAUUAAGUUGUUAGCUAUUGUAUUUCUGAGGCAAUUGAUAUAGUAUCAUGACUGUAGCGCUGCUAUAGAUUCGCCUUAAACUGAAGCAAUUGAUAUUUCAGGACCUAGGCCGCGUUUUCUUAAGAGAAACUAGUGUCGAGCCAUCCGGAAGCCACCACCUGAAAUGUUGCGAUUUGCCGGUCGCCGACUUGGGCCAUGGCCCUAUGGGGGUCUUAACUAGGUAACAGUUCUGGCACAAGGUAGCCUGGAAGCAGACUCCUUGGUGAGGAAAAGGAGAAAAACUUCGGUGAACGAAGCUCCCUCCGUCUGCUCGCGUUUUUUAGGCCGCCUUCACCCAAAACGGAGGGCCUGUUCACAGGCUAAUUUGAAUGUACAAUGUAACUAAUUUGCCUCUCAUCCGUUGCGCCAACAAGGAACGUGGACUUUUUCAAAGUUCGUUUUGGUUAAAAUUGCUUAAAAUGUCGUAAUGAAAGAUCAAACUUGAUUGUCUAGUUAUCAUGAUUAUGCGCUGCGCGUGCGGCGAAUUUAUAAACCUCACUGCGCGCGGCCUUCGGCCUCGCUUCGCGAGCAACGAUAGGUCAGCAUCUGUUCUUUAAUACCAGCAAGUACACCUGAAGAUAAGUGGACCUUUGAAUGUGAAUGACUUAUAUCCGAUUUUUUUUCCUGUAGGCAUUAUUAAUUUGUGCAGCUGGUUAAGUUGGUGUUUCACGGUAGGUGGAGGGUCUUCCUAUUUUUAAUUAAUACAGUGGGUUGCCAAUAAAGAGAACACAAUUUUUUUCCACUUUUUCAUGUCCAAAGCUAAACUUUUGAUCACAACUCAAGAGGAGCUGUUCUCCAUUUACUCUGUACAGUCAAACCUCCUACUGACUGGGAAACCAAAGGACACACCAGCCUGGGUCCGUUUUACAGAGAUGCCUUUUUCAUAGAGUUUGGAACUUUAUGAAAUCUGGUUUCUCUGUAGCGAUGAGAACCGGCACCUUGUGAGCAGAGACUCUUUCUGCCAUCUUGACUAAGGAUGAUAAAAGAAGGCUCUACCUGAAUCAUGUCAAGCCUUUCAAGUCGCCGAAGCCCACACUCUGGGCUAAUAAAUCUUGUUCUCUAUUGUCAAACUGGUUUUUCCUAGCCUGAGUAGCAAACGUUUCCGCUCAAGUUAAUGCGCGAACGCUGGAACGAGAGCGGGGAGGGGAGGGGAGGGGACAGAAGGAAACCUUCUUUCUCUCCCCCCCUCCUCCUGCCCAAUUUUUUUGCUCUCGAAAUAGGUUCGCGGAAAGGUUUACUACGCAGGCUAGGUUUUUCCUAGUGCGAGUACCCGUUCAUUGACGAACCGAUGGUCAUACAAUGUAACUGAGCCCACUGUACCAAGCGCACGGCUGUUAUGCCUGGGUUCGAAACUAUAUCCCAGCAACAUGAAACGCAUGCUCAACAAAGAUCUUAGUCGAUUCAUGCAGAGUCUCUCUCGAGUACGCCAAAACUGAGCAAGAAAUUGAUAGGCUCUUCUAGCAGGGUGCGAUAAGAACUAAAAAAAGAGUGGAGACCUUAAGGAAAGGUUCGACUGUAUUUCGAUCACUAUUGUUUUUUAUCUCCGUCAAUUUAACUCACAAUAGUGGUGAUAAGAACAAAGGAUAUGUAAACCCUUCAGACUAGUUUGCAAAAACAUCUGUCUCUCAUCGCUUCCCGUCUUUGUCAGGAGUUUCGCGGGAGAGACGUCUGCGUUAUGUCCCCCAAAAUACCAUACUGAUGACGUUAGUCAGCCUAGAAUCUGGUCAGAAGCUCUGAUUGGUUGAUAUGGUAAUUGUACUCUUUCAUCCAUUGUUUAUCUAUUGUUUAAAAAUGAUUAAAAAAACAAGAAGGGUCGCCACGAUCAAAUGCUUAAUGCGCUGAAUCUUCCAAGAAACUCUCAUUUUACUUGAAUAUCUUUGCUUUACAAGAGGUGUUUCUGCUUUGCUGCGCCAAAUUCGCAAGCACUACUCUCUGACACGUGACCUCAAAAGUCUUCUUCCCAGAAAGUUGUGGGUUUGUUCGUAGGAGUCGGCUUAAAUUACCGAAGCAGAAGCCCCAGCCUUAGCCCUCUUAGACCGAUAGACAUUUAUUGGCCCGGACGAACACGUAGUAGUGGCGGAAUAUGGAAUAUAUAGUAUAAACAACAGACUCGCUUUCAAAGAGUUGCAUGUGUUUCAAAGUACUACGUUAGGUUUACAUUCCUUAUCAUCGCAACUUGCAGAAUUACAAGCAGCAGCCAUAUGUGUGGAAAUGUGCUGCAGUGACGCUCAGUACAUUUUGUCUUUUAGCGCUUGAGGUUGGUGCAGUUUUUGAUCUUCUUGGAAAAUCAUAAGAAUAGCGUACUUUAUUUCAUGUGGAAUGUACACUUGCCGGCUAGCGAGCUAGUUCAUAGGUGCUCUACUUAGUCACUGAGUAUCGAAUAUGUUCAAAGUAACAAGUAUAAACAACAAGAGUUUGAAACGUUCUAUAAAAAGUAAAAUGUGCGAGUUUAAUACAACUACUAAUCUCUAGUUAGUCGAAAGUUAAGCCAUCUGAUUUACGUUUUAUUUUGAACUUUAAAAAAAUCGUUUUAUAGACAGUUCAUUCCAUUUCUUAUCGGCAAGUGUCUCCGUUGUUUGAGACCGUAUUUAACAGGGUCAAUUAAAGGUAAAGAUAGGAUUAAAUCUUCUCUAAGAUGAUACUUAGAUAAACGUUGAGUAAUAAGAUUUCUGAUGAAUUUUCAGCCGAUGCUUUUUCCUUGAAUUUUUCAAGUAUUCAUUAAGGGUCGUCUUAUUCUUUGCAAGAAAUCUUUGGUUGUAGACCUCAUCGUCCUUUCGUUGAUUUUGUUCGAAUUUACUAGCGUAUUUUUUUCCGCCUUGGUGCCAAAAUUGGUUGCAGUAAUAAUUAAAAAAAUGCUUGUAUAAACGAGUAGUGUCGCGAUAUAUUCGUUAUAGCGGUGUAACUUAACUUUUUUAACAAAAGCUGAAUCAACUUUUUUUUAUUGUAGCUAGGUGAUUUUCCACCCAUUCUAUGGACGUUUGACGCACAUUCUUUAUGGCAUCUCGGAACCGCUCCAUUGGCUUAUUCCUGGUACAGGUGGGUGGGGGUAGCAGCAUGUAUUCUCUUCCUCCCCUUUCUUGUUACUUGUUUUCGUGUAUGAUAAGAGACGACUUGAGACGUGUCAGGUUUAUUCCCCACACUACUCUAGUGAGUACACACAAGAAAAUCAAAACGAGGUCGAGGCUUGUUUGCGUGGACAAAUUGCGCAUGCCCACUUAGAAACUCUAGGGAGAAUGAGGACAAGCUUUAGGUGCAGUGUUUUCUGGGUUCGUUUGCAAUUGGUUGGCGUUAGUUAUGAUUGUCCGAUGGUAUUCAAAGCGAUCCAUAAAUAACGCUUGUCCACCCAGACGAUCAGAUCCCAGAAAUCGCCUCGCCGAAAGCUUGUACCUAUUUCUUUUAUAGUUUCUGAAUGGGAAAUUUCAUGCUAAUCCGCUGUAUUUUGUUAACCCAAGCCCCCAGCUGAAUACGGGAAUGCAGGUGUACUCUUACCCACCGUAAAAAGUAUGAAAAUUUGACGUUUCUGAUAAAUUAAUUUUGUACCUCAGUUCGUAGAAACCAAACUUAGUCGACGGUCUAGUCGCCAAGUCUUUUCCGUACGUCAGCAGUCGGUGACUUAUCAUCACACUUUCGAGACAUUACAUACAUUGAUUCAUCUUUAUCAGUCUUUGAAAUAUCUUACUUUUUCAGCUUUCUGGCAGACGAUGCAAGGCAGGAACUUUCCAUGAAGGGAAAAUCUUGGAAGUUCUCCUGAGUGUGGGAAUAUGGUUCAUCAGGAAUGGGAAAGACAAUUGUUUGUAGGACGCCUUCCUGAACAUAGGUAACCGAAAACUUUUUUCGGUGGACAAAUUUACUGUAUUAACAGAUAAAGUAGUGAUCAGAACAGUUUUUACUGUGGCCGAUCCGAGCAAACAGUAACGAUAUUUAGAGAAAUAAUCAGAUGAAACGUUUGUGACAAUGGAGUGUGGUUCACCUGUGUGGAGCAGAAAAUGGCGAAAACGGAGCUAAUGGCAAAUAAGCUUAGUGAUACAAAAACCAACAACUACAAACUCACUAAAAAAGAAUUAUUUGGCAGGAUAUUAGCGUAGAAUUAAAUUUAAAAAUUCGUUAACUUGUAGGAUAUAUAAAAUAACUUUUGGAACUGACACGUUUUAGUUAGAGCAGAAUACUCAGAGUAAAGACGCAGCGUGGCCGAGUGAUGCAGGGCGCUGGCGUUGAAUGGGUCAGCACUUUUUAACAUCCGUCGAAAGGCCCUUGGACACCUUAUAAAGUUUACACAACGUAGUAUUCCUUAUCGUUUCGGAUUAGGGUUAAGCACUACUGAAUAGGGUUAAGCACUGUUUCCAAACAGGUUAGAUUCUUUUUUG